AUGCAUAAUGAUGAUUUAUUUCGUUUCGUUGCAAUUGGAAACGUUGUAAUAAGUACACUAACAAUUGCUUGCAUCAUCAUCUUUAUUCCAAUAUUUACUACUAAAAUUAAAAAUGAAACAAUGGAAACACAAAUAUUGAUCAAAAAAUCUCAGGAAAGGACGAAUGAAAUAUGGAUCAACCUGAGGAACAUCAAUCCAUCAAGAUUUCAUAAGAAAUUGCCGUAUCAUCGGACCAUGCGAUCAUUUGGGGGAGGAUGCUAUUCGUUGGCGUGUCCGUAUGGCCCACUUGGACCACCAGGUCCCUCAGGAUUGGACGGUUUUCCUGGUGACGCGGGAAACCAAGGGAAACCAGGCAUAGAUGGUUAUGAUAUACAAUUGGAACCAGAAUCUGAUCUUCCAUGUAUUCUUUGUCCCGCUGGGCCACCAGGACAACGUGGUCCUCAAGGUGAACGAGGACGGAGAGGGGAACCAGGACCAAAAGGUGCAGUUGGAGAACAUGGAAAUCCUGGGAUAGAAGGUUAUGCUGGUAGAGUGGGAAAUGAAGGAAUGCGUGGGAAGAAAGGUGUACGAGGACCUCAGGGACCAGUAGGCGAUUCAAUCGUUGCAGGUAGAGGAAUUAAAGGCGCACAAGGGCCAACAGGCCUAAUGGGCCCUAAAGGUCCGAUGGGUAUAUCGGGAAAACCCUCAAAGGUACCUGGUAAACCCGGGAACCCAGGCAGUCCUGGUCACGUUGGUCCAUAUGGUAAUCCAGGACGUAGAGGAGACGAAGGACCAUGGGGACCACCCGGUGAACCAGGAAAUCCUGCCGAGUACUGCCCAUCAGACUGCGGAAUUUCCAAAAUCUACAAUUCUCCACUCGAACCUAAGCAAGAAAAAGUAUCAUCUGGCAAAUAUAGUAAUAGACAAGUAUUUAUAUCAGAUAUCUGGCCUGAAGUAUGGAUUUAA